AUGCCCGGUGGACUCGGCCAACGGCCACUCUCCGAAGUGAGCCCAAUGGCUCAGCGACGCAAUUCUCCCAGCUGGAACCAAACAAGCAAGGGUGCCAGUGGAGAAUCUCCCGCCUACAAUGUCUCACCUUUGAACAACACGGCCACUCCGCGUCUGUUUUGGAAGGGUCGCGACUCUCCAACACCCUUUUCUAAGGCAUCCGAGAAUCGAGUGCCAUAUGAUCCAGAAUCCUGCAGUUUACCUCCCCGUCGGCCGUCCCUCGAAGACCUGAAGCGUGUUUCGCGCGUCAAGAACCAUAAUAUGUUUCGCGAAAACGGCCAAGAAUACGACCCCGCGCAUGUAUCCGUGCCUCACAGACCCCUGGCUUCUGAUCGGUCCCCGAAUCGCGACAGCCAAAUGAACGUUGCCAAAGCGCAAUUUACCGAUGAAGAACUGGAAAUGGAGUUUGCGAGACCACACUCUCCCAGCAAAGAACAACCAUCCCCCGCAAAAUCCUCCUUGUCAAAAGCGAGUCGUUAUGGCAAGGGCUUUGAUCCCCAAAGCGAGAUAUGGUCAGAAUAUGAUAGUUCGGGCCACCGACAUAACAAGAGCGUGACAUUUGAUGCUGCACCUCCUCAAGUCAAUGAGUAUGAAAUGAGAACACCAGACCCAUCUUCAGUCACAUCAGAGUCCCGUGAAAACAGUUAUGAUUCCGAAGAGGAUGAUGAAGUCAGCUUUGAACAAGAAUCUUCUGUGGAGCGCGACGAUAGCUUUGAUGCAUCUCUGGAGGAUAUUGAGAAGACACCAGUUGUAUUGCCUGAUGAAUGGCGCUUCAUGAGUCCCGGAAGCAACCAUGAAGAGGAUGAAUCAUUUACUGAAACUGUGGAUGAGGAGGCUGUUGAAGACCGUCCCAUCUCACGUGAAGGUGGAUCAUCUCAUCAUGCCCGGGUUGAGUCUUUAGACUCUAACGGCGAGAGACGUCCUCUGCCUCCGCUGCCUUCCGUCUCCCGAAUGUCUGGAUCUCGUCCGACUUCAUCGAGCAAGAGCGCGGGUUCCUUUGAACUCGGCAAGGGUAGUCUGCGCGGUUUGCCGGCUCCCCUUUGCCCAACCUCGCACAAUAAGUCCGACAUCACUUCUGGAAUGUCCCUUGAGGAUAGGCUUUCAAUGAUGAUGCUGCAAGAACCAAUCAAGUCUGAUCGCAGCGAGGACAAAGAGAAGAACUCGUCGGAGAAUUUCAACGAAAGAGAAAAGCCCGAAGCGCCCCAUGUGGAGGAUGAAGCCCAUGAUCUCCCGAAGGAUGAUGUUUUCUCUCCUCCAAGAAUUUCUCGUGACUCAAUUCUACGUGACAUUCGCAAAACGGAGACCUAUGAGGAGACUUACGAGGAUGAAGACAGUUUCCAGGAAGAUUCGCAUAUUGCGUCCAGCCCUCAUCUUUACGACGAUUACGACCCUGAUGUCCCAAUUCCCUCUCUUGAACUUGAUGAUGACGAAGAUGAUGACUCGUCAAGUGUCAUUAUCAAAGAAGAGGUCAACGAUGAUGAAUUAUACGCCAUUCCUGACUACUACCAGAAUUCUUCGGAUAACAGUCUCUCUUCCCGUGACCAGAGAGCCAAGUAUGAUGAAGAUAGUAACUACUCUCUCCGAUCUGCAGCUGAAGCCGCCGAGAAGGAAAAUAACGACAGGGGCUCUGGACAAACUACUCCAACUGCUACAGAGCAAAACGAAGUCCUUCCAUCUCUGGAGGAAGAGCACGUAGAGGAUGGCACCGCGACUAAUGAGGACAAACACUUGGACAUGAGUGCAAUUCGUCAGUCUCUCGGACGCCCAACAACUCCCGAGAUGAAGGAGGACCCAAUCUCUGAGCCAUCUACUCCGGAGUCGGUAAUUCGUCAUCCCAUCGAUUCUGAAGACGAAGAGGAGUAUGACGAGGAGGAAGAGCAAGACGCUGAAAGCUCGUCCGAUGAGUCGGUUCCUGAACCCAUCGCGACCAUCCGAGCUCCUGGUGCUGGUCUGAAGACGCGUCCAUCAUUAACGCCCGCUGAUAUGGAUGCGAUGGCUGCCACUCGACGCAAAAUCAGUGGUCAACAUGUGCCUCUAGUUCCACCCAUGCCACACCUGACUAAGCAGGAAUCUAAUGAUUCCCAGAAGUCGGACCAGGAUGUUCCUAAACUGGAUGUAGCACCUCAGCUAUCACUGCCCACAACCAACCAGCGACAGUCCAGCUUAAUGCAAUUGGAUAUUCCAUUUAGUAUUCAAGAGGAGAGCCUCGGGUUUGGACUCACCAAGGAAUUUGAUCGUGUUAUUGAGUCCCAAAAGGUUGCGUUUAACCUCGCGCUUUCCCAUCUUGAUUCUUGCCCUACACCGGCCACCCACAUGGAACAACUCCCGGCUCCUCAAUCCCCUGGAUCUUCCACGGAAGCAAUUUCACCGAUACCCGCUAACACAUCUUCUCCAAAACAGAGAGGCUACCUCAUGCGUCAGAAUACAAAGGUAGUUAUUGCAAGCAACCGAAACGAAGAAGAGCCUGCCCUUCCAAUCGACUCUUCAACUGAAGACCCCCGUGGAACCCGUUCAGCCGGAUCUUCUCCCCGCAAAGCUAGUCAGCAAACUUGGACUACAGUCCCCUGGAAUGGCUCCACUCGUCGUCCCAGCAUUAAGAUGGCUGGCAGUAUCCCCAAGAAGAAGCCCCUCCCUGGUUCAAUUCCUCCUCUUCCUGGCCACCCGAGCAAUGUUCAGGAAACUCCAGCAACCAUUGACGAAAAUGAGCCACUGGGCCAAGACGCAUACGAGGACGGAGAAGAACGCGGUCGUCUUUUUGUAAAGGUCGUGGGAAUUAAGUACAUUGAUCUUCCUCUGCCACGUGGUGAACGUUCUUACUUCUCUCUUACUCUGGACAACGGUCUCCACUGUGUGACUACCUCGUGGCUUGAACUCGGGAAGUCCGCUCCCAUCGGCCAAGAGUUUGAGCUCAUUGUUCAGAACGAUCUUGAGUUUCAACUUACUCUACAGAUGAAGGUGGAUGAGAACAAACUAUACCCACAGGAAACUCCUGGCUCUCCUGCUCGUCAAAAGACAUCUGCUCUCAGCCGCGUCUUUGCCUCCCCCAGACGUCGCAAGGAACUGGACUUGAAGCAGCAAAUGCAGACUCAACAGCAAAAAUCCAAAGAUGUAAAUGCUCCAGUCUGGGAGCGCUUGAGAAAUACGGUCGCACGCGAUGGAAGCUUCGCUCGGUCCUAUGUAGCACUGAGCGAUCACGAAACCCAUGCCUUUGGCCGUCCGUACACUGUCGAUGUGCCAUGCUUCAAUGAAUGGGCUGUUGAUGAGCAGCCUAGCAGUGUGAAGAGUAAGAAGAGUGCCAUAAGUAUUACAGCUUCCCGCCGCCCUCCUUACAAGAUUGGCAAGCUUGAGUUGCAGCUUCUGUUUGUGCCCAAGCCUAAAGGUGCCAAGAAUGAUGAUAUGCCGAAGAGCAUGAAUGCCUGCAUUCGGGAGAUGCGGGAUGCAGAGAGUGUUUCUGCGCGCACUUUUGAAGGUUUCCUUUCUCAGCAAGGUGGCGAUUGCCCGUAUUGGCGUCGUCGCUUCUUCAAGCUUCAAGGUUCAAAGCUGACCGCCUAUCAUGAAACCACACGUCAACCUCGAGCAACUAUCAAUUUGGCCAAGGCUGCCAAGCUCAUUGAUGAUCGUUCAUCCUUGGUGCAGAAAGAAACAAGCUCCCGAGGUGGUGGCCGACGUAAGUCUGCCUUCGCUGAGGAGGAAGACGGUUACAUGUUUGUUGAAGAGGGAUUCCGUAUCCGCUUCGGCAAUGGUGAAGUGAUCGACUUCUAUGCAGACAGUGCGGUCGCUAAGGAGGGCUGGCUUCGUGUGAUGUCGGAGGCCGUCGGCAAAGGAUCCACAUCCGGUGCUGGCGCAACCAAGGCAUGGGCAGACUUUGUGCUGAAGCGCGAACGGAGCCUGAAGAAUCGUCCUCAGACCGCUGACAGAUUCCCUCCUACCGGAAUCCCAGUUCCAUCUUCGCCUGUCACACAUCGACAGAGCACUAUGAUGGCCCCUCCAUCGUCCGCGGGAUCGGCGCAGGCGCCACAGUCCCCUCGGCCUCGACACAAGCAUACCUACUCUCAACCUGAGCUACCCACUUCUGAGGCUCGCCGACAGAAGACUCGCUCUCUUAUGUUUUAA